AUGAAUACUUAUCAACCUGUUAUUAGUGAAAACAACACUGAAAAAGAGGUAAAUCCUUUAGACAAUUUAAUGGAAUUCCAAAGGAAGCUUUAUUGCCAUGUAUGGAAAAAUAUGCCAACUAAUCGCGAAUACGGGCACAAAAACUUUAUUGAUAAGAAAGAAUAUGAAGCAGAGCACUACGCCAAAUUUUGCAGUGGGUGUGGUUAUUUAAUGAGUCCUCUGUUAGCUGGAGUUCUUUACAAUCAGUCUCUAGAGUGCCUUGCUAAACCAUUACCUAACGAAGACGUCUUCUGGACCGGUAUCAUAGCCGAAAAAGUCAAAGGGAUUGAUCAUAAGACUUGGAAUGCUUAUUAUAAAUGGACAGAGAGGGAUUGGGGGGAAAUGCCUUACAUCUUCUGUUCUUACUUAAACAUGAAACACCUUAAAAAACUUUAUUUUCGCAAUUCUUAUCUAUGA